CCUCUCAACCCGCAGAGUUCACCCUCCUGGGAACACAACAGAGGACCUGCUGCUGGAGAAGAGGGUAAGAUGCGCAUUGUCCUUCCAUCAGUGAAGACAAAGUGCUCUAAAGGGACACGAGUCCUUCAACAGAUGGGAUAAAAGUUAAGACAUCUGUGGGAUCUGUUUAUUGCAUGCCACUGCACCUCAGCUCUGCUCUCCCCUUCUGUUUUAGGUUAAAGACUUUUCUUUUUUGCAAAACAGAAGAGCAAGAAGUUCUGCGCGAAGAGACAUGUUGACGGGCGUUUUCUGAAACGAAGCCCACAGUCCCUUCAAGCUCUUCUCCCCUCUUCUUCUUCUUCUUUUGAAUGGAUCAAUCUGCGUGCCACAAAGCAUGCUUACAUUCAGAGGAAUGUUGAUUUUGAUCUUCACCACUCAGAAGAGUUCAAUGGAAAAGCAAAUAUGAUCGAAGAAUAAGACAUCCUGGACCUGAAUCAAGUCAGGACACCUCCCGUACUCGCAAGGCAAAGGAGUUGUGACACAAUUCAUGGGAAAAAAGGACUCCUGCCUAUGCCUAAGCGCCUCACCUGUGAUGAAGAUGGACGUACCCAGUCAGCACUUGCCUGAGGAGGUCAGCUGAAGCCAACGCCACACAGCUAAGUCUGGAUUAGCAGGCCGAACGAGUUUCAAUGCUCCCCCACGUUUUAAGAUGAAGUUAUGGAAAGGUGCUACUUUUGCCUUCGUGCUCUGUGCUGCAGCCCUGUCCACCUUCCUCAUUAGAAACAUGGCCUCCAUCAGAGAGUUCAGAGUCCAAGCGAAACAUCGGCAAGCAUCUUCUUCGUCAGAACCUUCCCCCAAAUCCUCUUCAGUUGAACCACGAGUGCUGCCCUGGCAGACCAAAAAUCUUCAUCGCAAGACACGCUCAACAGGCAACAACAUGAACUCCCUGCUCUCAGAGUUUUCUGUGAUGCUGCAGAGCUUUACAGAGGGAGAGCUUCAGCACGUGCUGGAAACCUUGCUGGACAGGAAGAGAAGAAGAGACCAGUCCCUUGGCAUGACCCAGACUCGAAGGACUAAGAGAGCUCAUAAAUCCAGACCUUGCUCCCUUAGGAAGCUGGAACUAACUGUGACUGAACUCGGUCUUGGCUUCGAGAGCGACGAGACAAUACAGCUGCAGUACUGCAGUGGUCAAUGCGAUAAAAAAAAGCUGAACUAUGACCUUGUCAUGAAGCAUAUGGUCGAAAAAGGCAUUCUUGGAAGGGGUCGAAAGAACAAAGUUAGCAAAGAACCCUGCUGCCGACCCACUAAAUUUGAAAAGAGCCUUGGCUACUAUGGAAAUAAGACCCAUAACAUAAUUUCUAAUGUAUCAGCGAAGAGCUGUGGGUGUGUAUGACCUAAAGUAAUGAACUUCUCACUUCUUCAAGCUGCUCCAAGCCUCUGCUGAAAGAUCCAGAAAGGGAUGCAUAAUGGACAAACAAGGGAAUAUAAACACCAGCAGAGAGGAAGAAACCAUGGGGGAAUGUUUGUGGCGUUUCCAUGGGAACCCUUUUUGACCGAGUAACUUUGAAUGAAUUCGCCUGUCAUCGCCAGUUGGAAGCAGAUCACAUAGAUGGCGAGAGCCAUGUUUGGAUUCCACGUAAAAAUGAAAAGAAAGUGAAAAUGACAGCACAAACAAAUACACGUUUAUAUCUUUUCUAUCUGUGUAGUGACACUGUAAGCUAUGGUGUUAACAGCAGUUUAGCAACAUGAGGUUUGUGUCUUUGUAGUCAUUUGUACAUGUUUAGUUUAAGAAUGAUGAGCCAGGGAGGAUUGGAUCAUCGCUGUUACUGAUCUUCAUUCAAAUUCCUAUCAAAACUUUAUAGUUUACAGACGCAUCAUCCCAACAAAUUAUUAGUCAGGCACAUAAAAAAUAAAAAAACAUUGAAGCCAUAAAAUAAAAUACAUGUUGAUUAAAAAAAUAAGUCACUACAGCACAACUUACACUGAUAUAUUUUGAGAUGUGUCCAAAAAGAUGUUCAAUUGUUUCAGUCUAAGAGGAUUUGUAUGUCUUAUGUUCUUAUUGUUACUAAUUGCAGCUUUAUUACACAAGUAAAACAAAAGAAGUGUUACUUAUAAUUUAUCAAGGAAAGAAAUAUUUUUGCUUUGGUCCCUGGUACAAGACCCAUAAUAACUGCAUUUAUUGAUAGCAUAGAGGCUCUCAACAUGUGUUCUUGUAAAAACUUCCUCAUCCAAAUUUUGAAGAACAAAUCUUAUACUUUCCCCUAAUAAUCAACCAGGCACCCCUGGUACAGAUAUGUACAAAGUCUUUAUUGCAGUAGGAUAAUCUAAAGGUAAUGUUUUCAACUUGAGUACAUUUAUGACCAUGCUAAGAAAAUACUUAUUUUGGCGUAAAUCACAGUUGGUGCAACUUGCUGGUAAAGCAUUGUAAUGCAGCACUUGGUCUUCACAGAGCUUUGCCUUCAAGGGAGUGCUAAAGAGAUCAUAGUAGCUUGGUUGACCAGUCCACCAAGUUUUUAAUGGGUGCAUCUAAGGAUCAAUUACUCCUUGUGUACCAAGAGCAAGAGUCAUGCCUGCAUUCUUGACACAAUGUGUAGUUUAUUUCCAGCAUGGACUGGACUCAACCAGAACUGCCUCUAGUCGCCAAUCCAGUUAAUACAGAAAUCCGUCUUUGGUUAUUGUAGAUGUUGUGGUUCAGUUGUCUUCAGCCUCAGAAGACUGAAAAUUGUGGCCUGCAUGAGGGUCAACUCCAAGAUGGAGGCCAAUCUCUGCCUCAAUCAGAAGAGAAAUUCAAAUAUCUAAAGGGUAAUCCAAAGAGCCCAUUGGGAACCCAAUAAAACAUGCUAGAGAACUUAGCUGGGUAGAAGAAUAUCAGGAUUUGCCUUCUAAAAGUGUUACUGAUCUCAGCUAAGCAAAUGACAAUGACAGGAUAGAUUAUCUCUGACUAGUCCCUGUUGCACCGCGUCCCUAAAUGAUCUAAAGUCAUAGGUCCUGUCUUAUAAAUUCUGUACUUCCAACAGGUUUUGACUGGAUUUAGGUCUGGAGACAGUCAUGACCAGGUCUGUGUUGAUUUGGCCUUUUGCUUUGGAUCACCAUCAUGUUAAAUCAUCCUGUAUGGACUUAUUUUCAGUUUUCUGGCAUAGUUCACCAGAGUUUAUUAAAACCACCUGGUAUUUUGACGAGUUAAUCUCAUGUUGUCUAGCAUUCUCAGGACCUCUGAAAGGGAAACGGGCCCACAGGAUCAUAGAUCCUCCACUGUAAUUAACAGUGGCGAUGCGCUUCCCACAUAUUCAUUUUGAGUGUCGGUGGCCAAAACGCUAAAUAUUGAUGUUAGACUAGGGCGUUUCCUGACAUGCUUCCCAAUAAAACAGUGAUGUAGAUGGUGUCUAUUGCUUAGCAUGGGAUUUCCCCCUGCUGGAUAAAUGUACUCAAAUUUAAUGUCACAUUUUUCCAACUUUUUAUUUAGCUUGCAAUUAUGCUACUGAAAUAAAGCAUUUUUUAUUUGUUUUUUUUUUUGUUUGUUUGUUUACAUAUCUUUAACAGGAGUGCCGACCAAUAUGUCUGCAUCUCUACGUCAGCUGGAAUCAAUUUUAUCAAAAAGAUUAGCCAACAAUUCAGAAUCUAUUAAACAUCUUUCCUCAAGCUUAAGAUAAUUUAACUUGUUCAAAUUGUGACCCUGGGUGAAAUUAGUGACAUUUUUCUCUAGAACCAGGUUUAACUGAUUUGCAAAGAUGAAAAAAAGGAGAAAGUGGGAACCAGAUGAAUGGUUUUAGGAAGAGGUAGUGGAAUGUUUUCUUUUUGCUCAGAGAAGCAGAAAGCUGAAGAUUUUACCCAUCUGUAAAGCUUUUUCUGACCCAUGACCCACUCUAAUGUACAGCCUUUCAACUGGCCCAGAACAUGCCUCUGUGUUGUGUUGCCUGGUAGACUUUUAGGAGAGUAAUAAGCUGUGUACAUGAAUAACAAUGCAUCCUUCUCACCCUCGGACGUCCUAUUGUAGUUUGAAAUAACUGCCUGAAGUACAGCUAUUGUUUUGCAUAUUUGUUUUUCCUCAUGAGAAGAUAAAAGCGAGGGGUGCUGAUGCGGUGCAUCUAUGUUGUAGUUUAUAUUGUAUUUAUUUUGGAAAUAAAUUAUAGAUUUUCAUAUUUAUUAAGAUUAUCACACAUAAAAGGGACAGCUUUUUAUCAUCAAGCAACUGUGCCAAAAAUGUUUUAUCUUACACUCUAUAUUGA